CCCCGGAAGCAAAUGCCGCCGGACCCCGGAACCACCCGCGGGGCUAUGGCAGCGGCGGCGCGGUGGCUGGGGCAGGUGGUCCCCGCCCGCGCGGCCUGGAGGAGCUUCCUCGCGGUGCCCCCGCGCGCAGGGUUGGCCUGGAGGUCAAGCAGGAGUGGCAGUUCAGCAGCAGAAGCAUCUGCCCCAAAAGCAGAUGAUGACUCCUUUCUCCGGUGGUUCCUGCUUCUCAUUCCUGUGACCGCCUUCGGCCUGGGGACAUGGCAGGUCCAGCGUCGGAGGUGGAAGCUGAAGCUGAUCGCAGAGCUGGAGUCCAGGGUUAUGGCUGAGCCCAUCCCUCUGCCAGCAGACCCGAUAGAGCUGAAACACCUGGAGUACAGGCCUGUGAGGGUCAGGGGGCGCUUUGACCACUCCAAGGAGCUGUAUAUGAUGCCACGGACCAUGGUGGACCCGGCCCGGGAGGCCCGGGAGGCCGGCCGGCUCUCCUCCUCAGUCCAGAGCGGCGCCUACGUCAUCACGCCUUUCCACUGCACCGGUCUGGGAGUCACCAUCCUGGUCAACAGAGGGUUUGUCCCUCGGAAGAAGGUGAACCCCGACACGCGGCAGAAAGGCCAGGUUGAAGGAGACGUGGACCUGGUUGGGAUCGUGCGGCUGGCAGAAACCAGGAAGCCUUUUGUCCCCGAGAAUGAUCCAGAAAGGAACCACUGGCAUUACCGGGACCUGGAGGCCAUGGCCAACUUCACGGGCGCAGACCCCAUCUUCAUCGACGCGGACUUCAAGAGCACAGUCCCUGGGGGCCCCAUCGGAGGGCAGACCAGAGUCACUCUGCGGAACGAGCACCUGCAGUAUGUCGUCACCUGGUACGGACUGUGCGCGGCCACCUCGUACCUGUGGUUUAAGAAAUUCCUACACCGGACUCCGGGCACAUGACAGGACUGCCCGACACAGCCCUGCCCCGAGAAGCCGCGGGGCCCCAGAGCUCCGGUUUCAUGCCGGGCCACGCGCCGCUGGUGUAAAUAAAUCACUGACUGCU